GUAUAAUCUCUCUGCUUAUGAUGGCAAUUCAGUGUAAGUGCAGAGUAAUGAAAAGAUCUGCAGGCUCCUCCCCAUGAACUUUGGAAAGCUUUUGGGUUUUCUUUCAUCUUUCUGACUGCUGAACUCUUAGACUUUCCCUCCUUCUCAUCUCAGCCAGAGACGGAGCAUCAUAGAAUGAAUAUCACAAACAGUUCCAGAGCAAGUAAUGCAGACUUAAGAGAGAGGCAUAGAGAGGCAUACUGUACUUGAUGUGGAACUGAAGAAUUCUGAAUAAAUACCUCCACUUUUAUGAAUUUCAUGAAUACAAGAUAUGUUGGGUGCCUGGAUCUCACUGUUUCCCCUCCUGUUAGGGGCGAGGGCAUUCAUGAUCCACAACACCCAGUGCAGCCUUUGUCUGGAGGACUCGGCAGCUACAGGUGAAGUCCUGCUGAAGAAGUGCAACCUGGACUCAGAGUCUCAGCAGUGGAUCUGGAUCGAUCAUGGCAUGCUGAUGUGUGUCACAUCAUCCAGAUGUUUGUCUGCCCUGCAGAGAGAGCCAGUCCAGACCCAGGCCUGCCAGGGGCCUGAAGUGAACGAUGCAGCGUUAGUGUGGGACUGUGACAGGGACAGACUUAUCAGCAGGAACACGUCACUGCUGCUGUCAAUAAAUGGCCAGCAUGUCAUUCUCACACAUGACAGCAAACACUCAAAGUGGAGAUCUCUGGAUGAGGGGGACAUCUGCCAGGAAAAACUCAGAUCCAGAAGGGCGUCUGAUGACCCAGAAGAAUUUGAGGCUGCAGAGGAGCAGACUGGCGAGCUGAGGACCAUGACGGAGGAAGAGAGAGAGUACCUCCGCUGGUACUAUCGCACAGAGGACCAGACCACAUGGAAGUUUGUGCUGCUGGGACUGGCCUUCGUCUGUCUUCUUAUUGGUUUUCUGCUGCUGGGAAUGGGAGCCAUGGCCAGCAAGAACAGAAAAAAGAUUGCUAAGUACAAAGCAGCAGCUGCUAGGGCUCAGAAGAGCGAAGGUGAGGAGAUGUUGGUCGUUUCACCACACAGAGACGACAGCAGCCGCAAAUCAUCACUGUUACGUGACAUGCUGCUGCACGGAAACGUACCCUCCUCAUCCAAUGGGGAAGUGAGCGAGCUCAAAGCAGGAAACAUCGUGCUCACAUGGAAAGAUGGCAACACCUCCAACCUGUACUCAGAUCCUGCAGCAGAGGAGGAGAAACGGGAGGAGGUGUCAGCUGCUGAGCUGGAGGCUGAUGAGGCAGUGAAGACGAUGGAGUGACAAAUUACAAGAUUAUGUUAUAUAUAUAUAAUUAUAUUAAAUGUGAAUAAUCUCGGCCUGUGACACAGUGCUUCACCCAAAGGAAGUACAACUUUGAUGGACUGCUAAUACUAUGAAGUUACAAAGCAUUACAUCCAAGUUCCAACAGAUCAAUCAUUGAGAACUUAACGGCCCAUUCGCUAAAAUUAAAAACAAUCCAUUAGUUUGGGGCACAAUGUUAACAGAAUAAUGUAUGUGUAACAGUGAUUUAUGACAUGAGGAUGGGUAGUUUAUUACUUUGGCUGAAAAUAAAAUACUUUUCUACAUGAUAAA